ACUCACCCUCCUUUUCCUCCUUCUCCUCUUCACCGAAGGCAGGCGAGCCCCCACCCGGUUGCCAUGUCGCCCACGGUCGGUGGGGUCCGCGGACGGGACAACCCUACCUUUGAGAUGGAAUCCAAGCUGGAUCCCUCCGAUGCAAUCCAAGGAACAGAGCGAAACAGCCAAUCUUCCGGUCCCAGUAACAACAAGCUGGCCUACUCCGUCCUGGAUACCCCGCCCUGGUAUCUCUGCAUCUUUCUGGGCAUUCAGCAUUACCUGACGGCGCUGGGCGGACUGGUGGCAGUGCCCCUCAUCCUCUCCAAGGACCUGUGCUUGCAGCAUGACCCCCUGACACAGAGCCACCUCAUCAGCACCAUUUUCUUCGUCUCCGGCAUCUGCACCCUCCUGCAGGUGUUCCUAGGCGUCAGGUUGCCCAUCCUCCAGGGAGGGACGUUUGCGUUUGUGGCCCCUUCUCUGGCCAUGCUCUCCCUCCCGGCCUGGAAGUGCCCUGACUGGACGCUCAACGCCACCCUGGUGAACGCCAGCUCCCCGGAAUUUACGGAAGAAUGGCAGAAGCGGAUCAGAGAGCUACAGGGUGCCAUCAUGGUGGCUUCGUGCGUCCAGAUCUUGGUGGGCUUCUCCGGUCUCAUCGGCUUCCUGGUCCGGUUCAUCGGCCCCCUGACCAUCGCCCCGACCAUCUCCCUGGUGGCCCUGCCUCUCUUCGACUCGGCAGGGACCGACGCGGGGAUCCACUGGGGGAUCUCUGCUCUGACCAUCUUUCUCAUCGUGCUGUUUUCCCAAUACCUGAAAAACAUCCCAGUGCCCACUCCGGCUUACAGCCGAUCCAAGAAGUGCCACGUGGCCAGGAUCUACCUCUUCCAGAUCUUCCCCGUGCUGCUGGGCCUCUCCAUCUCCUGGAUCGUCUGUCUGGUGCUCACGGUCACCGACACCUUCCCCACGGACCCCUCGGCCUACGGCUACUUGGCUCGCACGGACAGCAAAGGCAGCGUCCUGGCCCAGGCCCCGUGGUUCCGCUUCCCCUACCCAGGACAGUGGGGCCCGCCGACCAUCAGCCUGGCCGGCGUGUUUGGCAUCAUCGCCGGGGUCAUCUCCUCCAUGGUGGAGUCGGUGGGCGACUACUACGCCUGUGCCCGGCUGUCGGGAGCCCCCCCGCCGCCGAAGCACGCCAUCAACCGUGGCAUCGGCAUCGAGGGCAUCGGUUGCCUCCUGGCCGGGGCCUGGGGGAGCGGGAACGGCACCACCUCCUACAGCGAGAACGUGGGCGCUCUGGGCAUCACCAAGGUGGGGAGCAGGAUGGUGAUCCUAGCGGCGGGCUGCGUGCUGCUCCUCAUGGGCUUGUUCGGCAAGGUCGGGGCCGUGUUCGCCACCAUCCCCGCCCCCGUCAUCGGGGGCCUGUUCAUGGUCAUGUUUGGCAUCAUCACGGCCGUGGGCAUCUCCAACCUGCAGUACGCGGACAUGAAUUCCUCCAGGAACCUCUUCAUCUUCGGCUUUUCCAUCUACGCGGGCCUGACCAUUCCCAACUGGGUGAACAAGAACCCCCAGUCGGUCCACACAGGGAUCGUUCAACUGGAUCAGGUGAUCCAGGUUCUCUUGACCACCGGCAUGUUCGUGGGUGGAUUUCUGGGCUUCUUACUGGAUAACACCAUCCCGGGCAGCCUGGAGGAGAGGGGCCUCUUAACAUGGAACAAGGUGCCUACGGCCCAAGGGGCAGAAGAGAUGAGGCGGGCCAAAGAGGUCUACGGCUUGCCCUUUGGACUGGGCACCCGACGAUGUGCCGCUGCCUGGCUUCGACACGUCCCCUUCUGGCCCCAGUGGGAUGGCGGAGAAGAGCCCGAAGCCGGCUCCCUCGGCCAGGAGGAUAACUUCUAGAGGAGCCCGGGCUGGGGCAGGAGAGCAAGUCCGGCUGGCCGGGCAUCUGGGAGUGUGAACCAUUAGAGGAGCAGCAUGGCU